UGGAGCAAGAGGACAACCCUAAUCCAUUAACACCAAUACAGUAGAUACCAGAAACUACCUGCACAAGACUACUGCUGGACUGUGACGUCAGAGCGCACCGCCGCCCUGCAGUGUCAGUGAUUUUUUAGAAAAGCACAAGAGGACGAGACGGCCCACCAACAACCACUAUCAGAUUUGGCUCUACCGGAAACCAUCAGACACCUUAAAACUGCACGGGCGUUAAGAAAACCGCUGAGUCAACAGGGAAACAUGACGGGUUUAUUUUCGGAUGUGCGGUUACUGGGAAUCGCACGCUGAACUCUCGCUUGGUCGCGCGCCUCUGCUGCUGAUGCAUCGAGCUCGCGCUGGACAGCUGGAUAGAUUCUCAAAGUACAUAAGCUAAAUUAUCUCGCGCACACGUACAGUCUGGACGCUUUUGCUUUAUAUUUGUCUGUCGGAGCAGGGCAGUUACCCUGGAUGGAGUUCCAGUGCAUCGUUCGAUUAUGCAUCCACUCACUGGGAAAUGAAGCAGCAGCUAGCGCACUAGCAGCGCGAGCUAACCACUGUCCCAUAUUAUGACAGUGAUCUGCAUGCCUACAGCGUUUUAUUACAAGCGGCCGUCUGGUUCCAGCACGUGCAUUUGAAUUUAAUGCUGGUGCAGGACGGGCAGCGUGCAUUUCUGGGAUCUACGGUAGAAAUUAACUUUUUCCUCUCAUUUCACUGACAUGGCAAACGGUUAGCUUGGGCAGGCCUAGCUAGCCAGAGCGUUCGCUAGUAUGGAAUCUCUUCACUGGAUUAGACAGCAUGCAAAACUGCAAGCGUAAUAGCGGCUUGUUUUUAAAGGGUGUAGUGAGUAAUAACGGGGCCAGCAAGCUUAUAUUAAAAUAUGCUAUAGAUGCGGAGAGAGUGGUUGGCUGUCACUAGUCGCAACAAAAUAACGGACUGUUUGGUUACUACCAACUUGACAUAACAGGUCUUUAAUGUCUUUAAAUGUGGCAGGCGCGCGCACGUUUCACAAUGCAUUUUUUCAAGGAAGAAUCCGAUUGUGUUACUGAAGUGAACAUUUGGAUGAUAAUAGAGGCUCUGCCUCCGGCUAGCUAGCUCUCAAUCGGUUGUCUGACAUUGAAAAGUACCAUGCCAGAUCUUGAGCCGAUUUUACGCUCCAAAUAAGUAGCCAGCUAUAACAAACAGUCCGCGUUUUAUCUUAGCUGGUGUUGUAGCUACAGCCUCGAUAUCACCAUUGAGAGAGGGGAUGCCCUAAACACUUCAACCAUGUCGAGCAAAGCUUCGAGUAAAGAGAAGAAGUCCGGCUUCAGCAAGAAGCUCUUCCGCCGGGGCUCGGUGCGCUCCGUCGGGAGUUUUAUGAGCAGAGUCCUGAAGACUCUUUCCACACUCUCUCAUUUCGGCUCGGAGUUACACGCCGCGGAGGGCGACAAGGACGACGGAGGAUUCACAGCCUUCAAGAAAGAAGGCAAAGGAUCCGUCGCCUCGGAUGAAAGCGACUGUGGUGGGUUUCUCUCCAGGGACAAAGUUCCCGGAGUGGCUGGUUUGAAAAACCACGGCAACACGUGUUUCAUGAACGCUAUUCUGCAGUGCCUGAGCAACACUGAGCUCUUCGCGGAGUAUUUGGCGCUGGAGCAGUAUCGAGGAGAUGAGACGGACGAUGAGAAACCCAAGACGAACGGUGUCGUGCAGAGGAAGGGCGGCCAGGACAAGGGAGAAGUUACCGAGCAGCUGUCUGGAUUGGUCAGAGCCCUGUGGACGUUUGAAUACACGCCGCAGCACAGCCGCGAGUUCAAAAAUGCUGUGGCAAGGAGUGCCCUGCAGUACCGGGGAAAUGCCCAGCACGAUGCCCAGGAGUUCCUCCUCUGGCUUCUCGACCGUGUCCAUGAAGACCUCAACCAUAUUGUGCACCCUAACAGCAGAUCCUCUGUAAAGCCACCCAUUGAGGAAGAUGAUGGCGCAUUAGAGGGACCUUCACCUCCUCUUUCAGCUGGCUCAUUUGUUCAAGAGCUCUUUCAAGCUCAGUACAGAUCCUCACUCACCUGUCCACACUGUCAAAAACAGAGCAAUACAUUUGAUCCUUUUCUGUGCAUCUCCCUUCCAAUUCCAUUACCUCACACACGGCCCCUCUAUGUGACAGUUGUAUAUCAAGGCAAGUACUCUCACUGCAUGAGGAUUGGUGUGGCCGUACCACUCAACAGCACUGUGUCCAGACUGAGAGAGGCUGUGUCACGCGAGACCAAGAUCCCACCAGAUCAGUUUGUCCUGACUGAAAUGUAUUACGACGGUUUCCACCGCUCCUUUUGUGACGAUGACGACGAUCUUGAUAUCAUUCAAGAAAGUGACUCAGUCUUUGCUUUCGAAACUCCUGAGACUUUUAGAUUAGAAAACAUUCGCUCUAAACGAGGGAGCCUCCUUGCAAACCUCAAUCAGAACAAUUUGAAAUAUGGAGCGGAGAACAGCCGAACACCAUCUUUCCUGCAGGGUGCGAUGAAUCCAGUAUCUCCCAACAAAAACGCUGGAUCUGAGAAAAUGAUUCUGCUGAUCUGUAACAGAGCCUGCACUGGACAUCAAGGACGGAGGUUCGGUCUUCCCUUUGUAAUAUAUUUGGAGCGCACUGUGACCUGGGAUGUGCUGCAGAAAGAAAUUCUGGAGAAAAUGCGUCACUUACUAAGGCCAGGGGUUUACAUACAGGUGGGACCUUUUAGUCUGCGUGUGGUCGGUGUGGUUGGAAUCACAUAUCUGUUGCCACAGGAAGAGCAACCACUUUGUCACCCCACUGUGGAAAGAGCAUAUAAAUCAUGUGGGUCAGGAGGACCUCCUCAUGUCAAGAUUGUAGUGGAGUGGGACAAAGAGACCAAGGAAUAUCUGUUUGGACACACUGAGGAAGAGUACAUCCCUGAUGCUGAGAGUGUGUAUCUGCACAGAGAGCAGCACCAUCAGCCACAGGCCUGCACCCUCGCUCAGUGCUUCCAGCUCUACACCAAAGAGGAGCAGUUGGCCCCAGACGAUGCCUGGCGCUGUCCCCACUGCAGGCAGCUGCAACAGGGGCGGAUCAAACUCAGCCUUUGGACCCUGCCUGAUGUUCUUAUAUUACACCUUAAGAGGUUUAGACAGGAUGGGGACAGGAGAGUUAAGAUGCAGAACAUGGUGAGAUUUCCUUUAAUUGGCAUGGAUAUGGCACCCCAUGUAGUGAAGAGAAGCCAGAGCAGUUGGAGUCUACCGUCCCACUGGUCACCAUGGAGACGACCAUAUGGACUUGGCCGUAACCCAGACGACUACCUUUACGACCUGUAUGCUGUGUGUAAUCAUCAUGGCAACAUGCAUGGAGGGCAUUACACAGCUUACUGUAAGAACUCCAUUGAUGGCCAGUGGUAUUGCUUUGAUGACAGUGAAGUUCAGCCUGUAGCUGAUGAGGAUGUCUGCCAGCAGACCGCAUAUAUUCUGUUCUAUCAAAGGAGGACAACUAUUCCCUCCUGGUCAGCAAACAGCUCCGUUGCAGGCUCAACCAGCUCUUCUUUAUGUGAACACUGGGUUAACCGGCUCCCAGGCAGCAGGCCGCCUAGCCUGGCCUCCGGAGCCUCCUCCAGACGCACAUCCCUGAUCUCUUUGGCAGAGUCAGUGGAGUUUCCUGCUGAUCGCAGUGAAGACGAUGCUUUAGCGCUUACUAACCCAGGAUCACCUGCCUUGCUCAGAGGAUUCUCAGCGCGACCCUUCGUUAGGAGUAUUCAACGUCAGAGCUUGUCCUCCAGAUCGUCAGUCACCAGUCCUCUGGCUUUCAGUGAAAAUGGGAUGAAACCCUCCUGGUCCUUGUCAGCUAAACUGCAGAUGAGAUCCAACUCACCCUCACGAUUCUCUUUGGACUCUCGCUCUUCCCCUCCUCUUGAGAGGAUAGGAGAAGCUUGUGACGACAAGGUGUCCACAUCUUGCUUUGGCAGCUACAGCAGACAUGAGCGUCAACCCAGCAGUAAGGCCCCGCUGGCAAUGAUGGAGGGUAACGGUAGCAAUGAGAGCAAUGGAAAACAGAUCCUAGAUGAGGCCUAUUGUAGAGCUCCAGUACAGGCUGACAGGAAAAGCUCUAAAGGUGAACCUGUUGACAACAACAACCAGAUUAAUGCUGUGGAUCAGAACACGCUUGGAAUGUUCUCCAAAGAUCAGAAGCAUAAGAUAUCUGGAUCGGUUCAGAAAGCAGAAGGGUCCACUAGCAAAAAGAGCUCCGCCAAGACCAAGGGCAACCAGGAGAAACCCUCUAAGAAGCGCCAGAGCACCUCGUCUGUAACAAAGUCUCCAUCCUCCCAAGUGUCUUCCAGCCCUCAAUCGAAGGGAACCAAAAUGACCAAUAUAAAAGAGAAGAGCGAUUCUCCCAAAAGUACCAAGGGUACACCUUCAGGAACUCCCCCAAGAAAGAAAGAGUCUUCGCAGGCGCAGGUGUCUCCAGUGUCUGGAGGCACAAAGGGGAAGCUGUCUCUGACCUCUACGCCCCAGUCCUCUGCUUCUCCAUCACCUACAGCCAAGAAAAGCUCCUCUAUGGCUGAGAGGAACUCUGUCUCUGGCAAGAAGAAGUUAGUGGAGAGGGGCUCCAGCCAGGACUUGGCACACUCCACCAGUCCCCUGGCAGACAAGUCCAGAGCAAGUGCCACCCCUCGGACAUCCCAGCCCAAAAGUGCAGAGGGAAGUCGGCCAGAGAGGAGGCCAAUACGAAGCUCCAGCAGUAGUUCCUCAGUCACCAGCCUGCGCUCCCCAAGUGUCUCCUCAAGAGAUAUCCGCCGCAGCAGCAAGUCUGAGGACAAGGGACUGUCAUUCUUCAAGAGCGCACUUCGGCAGAAAGAGACUCGCCGGUCGGCCGACCUAGGCAAGACCACGAUUCUUGCUAAGAAGGUUGCUGAAAGGACAGCCAAGUCCAGCAGCCAGUAUAAACUCAACAGCGCUGAUGAGGUCGUGGGCAACUCCUCCCAGCAGGUCUCUCCAGAGCCACGCUCCAGCAAGGCCUCCACGGAGGAAAAAGAAUCCUCGAAAAUCUCAACCCCUGUCAAAUGCUCUCUCUUGCCAGUAGGCAAGUCAAAGUCUUCCAUUUCCGAGACUAGUCUUAAGUCUCCCAUCAAUGGAAAGAAGCCACUUGAAAAGAUGGCAUCCUCUAGAAAGCUUUCUUCCAGCAUGCAAUCCUCUGCACGGCCAACAUAUACGCCUCAAUGACAUUUUAAUAGUGGUGUCAUUAUUUUCUGUAAUGCAGCUAUUUUUUGAUGUGCCUAAGAAGAAUAUAAGACUAAAGUAUAUAGUAUAUACCUGUAUUUUAUUUUUUUCUUAAAGAAAAUAUGUAAAUUAUCAGAAGCGCCUUUCUAUCCUGCCAUGGAACCAAAACAUUGUCUCUGGCAAGGUAUGGUAUGUGAAUCUACUACUGUUCACGAUUCAGAAUAGGAAUGUUUUAAACUAGCACUUUGUACAUAUUUUUUCUCCCUCUAAUAAUGCUUAAAUGCAAUGGAUGAUAUGUUAUAUACUUUUUAAAUUGUUACUGUUCCUUUCUUAGGACAAGUCACUUAUGAUGAAAUUAGAAUCUUACGAUAUAUUCCUUGGAGCACUGUACUAAUUUGCUCCACUUCUAUACUUGGUGCUAUUUAAAGUCCAGUGUUCCUCUGGCACUGAUACAGUAUAACAUUGAGAAGAAUUAAGGCCAAAGUAUACUUCAGUUUUCUACGUGCCGGUACGUCUUGCGCACAGUGUGCAUGAUGCAAAUUUUAUCAUCAGCACUGUCCGCGUGCAGCCUAGUUUUUCUAGACGCAGACAGUCCGAUUCUUUGCACGUCACCGUCACACAAGUCGAACGCAUCUGUAUGGGCUCGCAGUAACAAGAGCACUCGGCCAUGUGCGAGAUGGAACGGCACAUGGUAAAAAAAGUAUACCCUUGCCUUUACGUCAUGAAAACUCAGCAGAAUUUGACACUGUAGACUGUCUGGGGUUUCAGCAGUGAACAAUCUCACUGGUAACUCUCAAAAACUGCUCUCCAAACCCCUUUUCCUUUUGUACUCGAAAGUAGUUACAAGUGUUCAAGUAGCAUUACUGCCCAUAGAAAUGUAGACCGAUAGCUUAAUUGUUGCUGUACGAAUGUGAUCUUUCGAAUGGUAUGUUAGUGGAGGACAAUCUUCUAAUCUCGUUCUGUUUAGUUUAUUCCAGCAAAAUGCUGUGGUAUCUCCUGAUCUAGAUAUGAAUGGAGAUGUUGUAAGCCCUGCAUGAUUUUUUGUAUAUUAUUUUGUCUUUACACAGAAAAUUUUAAAGCCACAAUGUCAUACUUGAAACAUUUCAUGCCCGCCAAAUCCAUAGCUGACAUGCAGUUUUUUUUUUGUUGUUUUUUUUUUUUUGGCUUGUUUUGAAUUGGGGUCGAACGCUUUGGUGAUGGUUUCCAUCUCCAUAUUUAUCUGUGGACAACCAGUGCAAUAGUUUUCAAAACUUUAUUGGAGUAAAGAUAUAUUGACUUCUCUAUUCAAGGAUUUUAUUAAUGAUUAAUACUGCACAUAUGCAAUAGUAAUAAAAAUAUUUAUUCAAGGUAAAUCAUAAACAAAUGGGGGAUCUGUUUAAAAAAAAAAAAAAAAUUGUGCUAAGAUUAUGUUAUUAGCAGCUGGAUGUAAUACCUGAAUGAAAUUGUUCUGCUAAAAGGUCUUUAUGUUGCUUGCUUGUAUAGUGCCACAGAAUUCACUCAAAUAUAUUUUCUUUCUCCAGUAAGCGAAGACAACUUCAUUCGAACAAUCAUUUUGACUAAUUCAAAAUUGCAUUUAUGACAGUAGAAAUGUAAGGAUAAGCAGGUCAUUAGAAUAUUGUUCCAUCUGCAUAAUGGUUUCAUUACAUCGGCCACUGUUCAGCUUGUUGGCCAGCAAUUAAAACAUUAAUCCAAGCUGUGCUGAUGCCACUAUUGAACCGUUCUCAUUUUCAUGCUGCUGUUUGGUCUCUGAAACGCACCCUUAUCUCUCUACACACUUGAUCCUAAAAUAAACACUUUAGCAAUGAACCUUU